AUGUCUAUCACUGAACCAAGCCCUUUCUCGCCUAUCAAUUGCGACUUUCAACCCAAAAUGACCGGCAUCAAACUCAUCUGGGGCGGCGCAUCUAUCAAAGAUGAAGGCGCGUUCCCCACCACUGAAGCCAUCACCCAAUUUCUUGAUGUCCUGCAAGCCAGAGGAGUCAAGAGUAUCGAUACAGCAAGGAUUUAUCCUGACUCAGAGGAGCGAUUAGGCAAUGCUCAUGCCAAUUCUCGCUUCGCUGUCGACUCGAAAUACCCUGGCGGGUUUUCCCCAGUGCCAUCCACCCCGGAGUCUCUUGUCUCGACUCUGAAAGAAACAUUGACCCUCCUUCAGACCGAUCAGCUCGAUAUUUAUUACAUCCAUGCCCCUGAUCGGAGAAGCUCUCUUGAAGAUCUACUAGCUGCUCUCAACACCGAGUACCAGGCUGGCAAGUUCAGGCGCUUUGGACUUUCGAAUUACCUGGCCGAAGAGGUGGAGGAAGUCAUUCGCAUCUCCCACGAGAACAACUUCGUCUUACCGACCGUCUAUCAAGGAAACUACUCCGCCAUUGCACGUAGGAGCGAAGAUGAGAUCUUCCCAACCCUGCGCAAACAUAACAUCGCUUUCUAUGCCUAUUCGCCCAUAGGAGGGGGCUUCCUGACCAAGGAUGUCGAGCAAUUCGUCUCCGGUGGUGAAGGGCGAUGGGAUGCAAACACGCCAAUCGGCGGGUUGUACCACAAACUCUACAAUAAGCCAAGCAUGCUAGAGGGAUUGAGGCUCUGGGCAGAUAUUUCAAAGAACUCGGGGAUCCCUAAGGCCGAACUUGCAUAUCGAUGGGCGGUGCACAACUCUGUUCUGAAGGGUGAGUUUGGGGAUGGGUUAAUUUUUGGCUCACGCAACCUUGAGCAGCUCAAACAGACACUCGAUGGUAUUGACAAGGGACCUUUGAGUGUGGAAAUUGCAGCGCAAAUUGAUGAAGUGUGGAAACUUGUUGAGGCUGAUGCACCUCUGGACAACCUGAACUCUUCUAGCAAAUCCUAA